CCAAAAGACCGAGAGAGCACCCAAAAGACCCCAUGUACCCACCUCCACUCAGCUUCGGAUCCGAACCAAAAGCUUGGUAAUUCAAACCUAAGGUUAGGUCCGAACCUCGGUUUUGUUUCUCAGUUCGUUGAAAUUUUCUCACUAUUUCGAUCACUUAUCUCUCUCUUCUCUUUCUCUCUCUUGCACAAAGAAGCCCAUUUUUUUUUUCUUCUUUCUGCACCGAUUCAAACCCUAAAGCUCUGCUAUCAGAGAGUGUCGAAGGAUCAGCUUCGAGCUUCAAUGGACGCCUCUCAACGUUACUGUUGGUAUAAUAUCUGAUACGUCUGACCAUUUUUUGAGGAAGCUAGUUGGAGGCUGAGAUUAGAUUUUCUGCUCUCUGAUAGGUUUAUGCUUAAGCCAAAACUAAUACGUUGGAUGGUUGUAUGCAGGACAAAUUCAGUGGAUUGUAACUAAAGUGGAGCAUUAAUGACUGGUCUUAGGCCUGUCAUACAAAAGCUCAGCUGUUGACAAUUGUGGGCUUGAUUAUCUAUGCCUGGCAACGAAGAGGGUGACAGGGUCCACAAUUUUUUUGGCCAAGAGAACCUGUCGCAGGGCCAACAUCAUCCCCAGGCCAUUGACGGGAACUGGCAGGGACUAAAUAACAAUUUGUGGGUUGGUGGUGGCCAGAGACAGAUUAAUGGUCCUUUUAUCUCUAGUGUAAAGAAUUACAAUGUUCAGCAACCAGAUUCGGAGAGAGGCCAUGGGAGUCAAUCUUCACAUAUGGCUCAUGGUUUAAAUUUUACACAAUCAAACCUCAUGCCAGAGUUUGGUCGAGUCCCAUCACAAAACCAGCAGCCAGCUCUUAAUGGCUAUGUACAUGGUAAUCAGGUUUUCCAAACAAGGCAAAAUGAGGCAAACUUUUUGGGAAUGGAUACAGAUACUAAUCGACAUAAUUUAAUGAGGGUCUUAUCUAUGCCACAACAAGGAAAUGGUCCUGAGCAUAAUAAAAAAAAUUCAAUGAGGUUGGAAUCUUCUGAAUCUCUAGUGGGUUUUGAUUUUUUUGGUGGUCAACAACAAAUGAGUGGCCAGCAUCUCAACGCCAUGCAAUCUUUACCAAGGCAGCAGCCAGGGAAUAGUGACAUGCAGCUAUUACAAAGACAUAUGAUGUUUCAACAACUUCAAGAAUUACAGAGACAGCAACAACUUCAGCAAGUAGAGCCAAGACAGCAGGGAUUUACAAAUCAGGUUUCUUCCAUUGUAAAACAGAAUGCUGGUAACUAUUCACCGUCUCUGAUCAAUGGUGUUCCCAUCAAUGAGGCAUCGAACAAUUUGUGGCAGCAGCCUGAAGUUGUACCAGGUAAUGUGAAUUGGCUGCAGCGUGGGGCAUCCCCUGUUAUGCAAGGGUCAUCCAGUGGACAUAUGUUUUCUCCUGAACAAGGCCAGGCACUACGCUUGAUGGAUAUGGUACCUCAACAAGUGGAACAAUCUUUGUAUGGGGUUCCAAUUUCUAGCACAAGCGGUACACCUGGUCCCUAUUCUCAUUUACCAAUGGAUAAAGCUUCGAUGCAACAGAUGUCCGCGAACAAUAAUUCCCUUCCUGGUCAUUCAUAUGUUGCAUUUCCAGAUCAGGUUAGCAUGCAAGAUGGAACUAGACAGGACUUCCAAGGAAAAAAUAUGUUUGGGUCUGCUGCCGGUCAAGGUUUAAGCAGUGGUAUUAAUUUGGAAAACUUGCAGCAAGUUAAUCCCCAACAAAGAAGUCCAUCUGUGCACGAAUUCCCAGGGAGGCAAGAGGUGAAUGAAUCUUCAGAACAAUCACAGGAGAAAUCAUUUACCCAGGUUACCUCUUCACAGAAUGUGGCUACCUUGGAUCCUACAGAAGAAAAAAUUUUGUUUGGCUCUGAUGACAAUAUAUGGGAGGCCUUUGGCAAGAAUAAUAAUGUGGGAAUGGGAGGUUUGAAUGUGCUGGAUAGUACAGAUUAUUUAAGUGGACAACCUUCUGUACAAAGUGGGAGUUGGAGUGCUCUUAUGCAGUCUGCUGUUGCGGAAACUUCUAGUGGUGACGCAGGGAUACAGGAGGAAUGGUGUGGUCCCAGCCUUCAAAACCCAGAACCUUCUACAGGGAAUCAGCAGCCAUCAAGUGUCAAUGAUGGUGGCAAAACACAAGGAGUUUGGGGUGAUAAUAGCUUCCAGCCUGCUGUUGCGCCAAAUUCUAGACCUCCUCCAGUUGAUGCAAAUAGACCUUCUUCAAGUGUUAAUUCUUUUAAUCAUCCACAAUUUCCGCAACCAGGAUUCAAAACUCAACAGGUACAGGCUGACACGUUGCAGGCCGAUUCUUCUCAUCGCUUUAUACCAAAGUUCUCUGAACAAGGAAAUCAGUGGUCAGUUCGUGAACCUCUACAAAAACAACCUGUGGAGAGCAGUCAAGUUUAUGCAAAUGCUAGUCAACUGUCAGGUGUAGAGUCGAAUGCAAAUAGCAAUUCAGGUUCUUGGGCUCGUCAACAAAGCACCCAGUUGCAGAAUAAUGAUACCCAACAAUACAAUAGGCCAAAUGGUUGGAACUUCAUUGAUCCUAUGCCAGUGGAUGGAGGUGAUAAUUUUAGAAUUCAUGAGAAUAAGAACUCCUUGCAACGGGUUCAAAGUGGUGAUCAUAAGAGGAGCAUGCAAGAUGAAAUGAGUCAUCCUGCUGGUGUGAGAAGGACUGAUUCGACCCUAAAUUCUAACGCGGAGCUUGAAGCUGCAAAAUCUGCCAUUGGAAGCCCACGUGUAGGGAAGGAGGAAUCCAGUUUGAAUAAUAUUGCAGUACCAACUUCUAGCUCCAUGAGGCCAAACCAUGAAAACAAGAAACAGCUUCCUAACAGUAACAAACUUGAUUUCUGGAAAGUUGUUGAUUCUUCUGUGAACUCCAAGGGAAGUGAAGUUUUGGGGAAAAAUCAACAUAAUGUGGGUAAGACACUUCAAAUUUUAGAGUCAUCGGGGAAUAAUGGUCUGGAUAGGGGCGUAGUUGAAAUGCAUGACGUAGACAACUCUACCAAUAAAGAUAGUUCUGCUGAUGAUUUUUGCUCUAAUGUAUCCCAUCAUACUUCUGUGGGUGGUUCUAAAGAAAAUGUAUGGUCUGAUACUGUUGAUUCACGUAAUUUUCCUGGGGGCAAACAAAAAUCGUCUGGUAAUGCUGCUGGUCGCAAGCCACCAGGCACUCGCAAAUUUCAGUAUCAUCCAAUGGGGGAUGUUGAUGUUGACAAUGAACCUUCUUAUGGAGUAAAACACUUGACACAUCCACAGUCUUUACCUCAACAGGUUUCACGAGGGUUAAAAGGUUAUGACCAAGGCAGUUCUGGGCAAUCUAAGUUUGUCACUGAUAGAAGUUCCUUGGAAAUGGAGGGACCUUUACCUGGUGGUCAGGGUGACUUGAAAGGCUUAGAUGCAACACCGUCAAAAAAUUUGUUUCCUGGCUUUGUACCGAAUACAUCUGCUCCUUUUGACAGAUUCAUUGGUAACUAUGCUCCACCAAAUGUUCCACAAUCAAGUCAACAUAUGCUUGAGCUUCUUCACAAGGUGGAUCAUCCAAGGGACCAUGGUGCUACACGGCCCAGCUCUGAACGCAAUGUGUCUUCUGAAGUGCUUGAAGCAGAAAAUUCAGAUGGAUCAAUUGGUCACAUUCAGCGGAAUCAUUCAUCUAAUUCACAAAAUUUUGGUUUGCAAUUGGCCCCACCAUCUCAACGCCUGUCCAGUAAGGACCAUAUAUCUUCACAGAGCCCUUUGCAAACAGUUUUUGGCUCAGUUCAUGGCACUCAUGAUAGUGGAGAAAAGGGCCAUGUUCAGAUGACUUCCAGGACCCCUGUUGUUCCCUUGCCCUCUUCUAGUGACCCUUCUCAAGGGACCGGAAAUAUUUCUGGUGUUUCUGGACAUAUUGGCAAUGAGGCCUCUUUCUCUAAUGUCCAGGGAAAUUACUCUAUGGCUUUUCCUUCAGGGUUUCCUUAUUCAAGAAAUAUUGAAAAUCAGCAAAUGCAUGCCCCAGGUGGACAAAUAAUGGCAAACCAAUCUGUUAAUAUACCAUUUAAUAGGCUAUACUCUGCUUCCAAACAGUUAGAUGACUCUUCUGAGAGAGCUCAAGUGAGUCAAUCUAUUCCACCAUCAGUGUCCGAUAUGUCUGCUGGUACUCCAAGAAAUAAUCUUCCUUCUACAGAGACAUCCCAGACCAGCCAAACUCAUAAUAGGGACCUGGCCCAACAGAUCCCUGAAUCGGAUGCAGCACCAGCUCAGCCUUCUGUCCAGCAAGGUGCCUAUUCUAAAAUGUUGCAAAAUGUAUGGACCAGUGUGCCUCGCCAACAACCUUCGGUAGCACAAUCUUCCAAGGUUGCUCAGGGUUUGUUUAAAUCUCACCUUCAAUCUAAUAGCAGUCCAGUAGCAAUGUUUUCUGGGCCAUCAAAGCUGAAUGAGCAAGAUAUGGAAGGAAGAAAUGGCUUGUCUGGGGUUGGGGUAAUUUCAGCAAAUUCUCAAAGCUUUGCUGAGAAGGAACAACCAGACAGAGAAAAAUUUGGACAAGCUCCACCUGAUAAGGUUGACAGUGCACAAAAGACACUUGGCGUGUUACAGGGAAAUGAGUCUAUUGUGAAUAGUUCCUCUGAUGCAUCUCAUGCAAGCCAUGCUGCCACCCAAAGAGAUAUUGAAGCUUUUGGCCGUUCAUUAAGACCGAAUACUAGUUUGCAUCAAAAUUAUUCCCUACUGCAUCAGGUGCAGGCUAUGAAGAGUACGGAUAUUGACUCAAGUGAUAGGAGCACAAAGAGAUUGAAAGGUCCAGAUUUUGGAGUGGAUCCACAGCAGGUAGGUCCUGGGGGAGGGCAGGAGUCACCUUAUGGAUAUAAAAGUACAGAAAGAGAUUCUUCAUCUAAUGACACGUCAGUUCCUUCUGGAGAUCAAAAGCUGCUAAGUUUUUCCUCCAAGCUUGGGGAGACACGAGGUUCAAAUGCAUCUUCUCAGGACAUGGUUGCAUUUGGUCGCAAUAUUUCACACAAUUUCCCAAAUAAUAGUAAUGCACUUUCUGUUAGAGGUGAGCACCCUCAGAUUAGUCCCCAGAUGGCUCCAUCUUGGUUUGAUCAGUACGGAACCUUUAACAAAGGUGGGCAAAUGCUGCCAGUGUAUGAUAUGCAGAGAAGUGUUGCUAUGAAGUCUAUGGAGCAGUCAUUUGUAGCUGGAAAGCUGGCUGAUGAUCAGCAUGCUCGGGACUCAGUGGAGCAAGGUAACGUGACUGCUGAUGGUGGUAAACAUGGUAAUGUUUCACAAGUUUCUACUUCCACAGCUACAACCAAUGAUGAUUUCUCCCCCCAUGUAAUGCCUCAUUCUGGCGAUCAAGGUUUGGUUAUUGUGAGACCAAAGAAACGUAAAAGUGCAACUUCUGAACUUUUACCUUGGCAUAAGGAGUUGAUGAAGGUUCCACAAAGGCUUCAAACUAUCAGCAUGGCAGAAGUAGAAUGGGCCCGAGCGACAAAUCGACUUCCCGAGAAGGUUGAAUAUGAAACUGAGAUUGUUGAAGAUGUACUGCCAAUCCUUAAACCAAAGAGAAGGCUUGUCCUGACAACACAACUCAUGCAGCAACUGCUUCACCCUCCUCCAGCAGUAGUUCUCUCGUCAGUUGCUACUUCACAGUAUGAGAGUGUAGCUUACUUUGCUGCAAGAUUAUCAUUAGGAGAUGCAUGCAGUGCAGUUUCUUGCUCUGAAAGUGAAGCACCAUCAUCUGCAGACAGUAAAAACAUUUUGUCUGAAAAUCUUAAAAUGCCCGAGAAAAGAGAGAAGUUCUUCUCAAAAGUUGUUGAAGACUUCAUUGGCCGGGCAAGGAAGCUGGAAAGUGAAUUGUUGAGACUGGACAAAAGAGCUUCAAUCUUAGACUUAAGAGUGGAAUGCCAGGAUCUGGAGAAGUUCUCUGUGAUCAAUCGUUUUGCCAAGUUUCAUGGUCGGGGACAAGCUGAUGGGGCUGAGACCUCAUCAACUUCUGAUGGAACGUUAAAUGCUCAGAGACCAUGCCCACAGAAAUAUGUUACUGCACUUCCAAUGCCUAGAAAUCUGCCAGACAGGGUACAAUGUCUUUCACUUUGAUAAUUUAAUUAAUUGAUGUUUGCCCUCUCUCGGUCAUUUGUCUCCAACGUCCCCAUGCUUCCUAUCUUCCAUUUUGUUUCAACUUAUAAAAUGGCACAUGAUUUGCCACAAAGUAGCGCACAGAAGGGACUGUAGGAGAAAGAAUGGAUUCUAGAUGUCUCCUUGAAAGCAACGGAGGCAGUUAGAUCUUUUGAUUAUAGGCCAUUGAUGUUAUUCUUGAAAAUUAUAAGAUGGCCUCUGUAUACUUUGAAAAAUCUAGAAAGGAAUCUGCUAUGCCCCAUCUUUCUUCUUUUCAGUAUAGGGGGAGGUAAAAAUGCAGUCUGGUGUUUCUAAGUUCACAAUGCUAUAAUCCCCAUCCCCAGGUAUUCUGUUCCUCUUUUUCUGGAGGGGGCAUUGACUGACUUGUGACAGUCGGCAGUUGAAUUGGAUUGUCAACUUACUGCAGGAAUUAGGCAAUUGACCAUAUUUUUUAGAAUUAAUACCAAUUAUUGGAUCAAAUCUUUUGAAUUUACCGAGAAGUAUAUGAUUUUUUUUUCUUUAUUAUUCUACGUUUCUGCAUAUCGGCUGAUUCUAAGAAGGUUAAUGAUCUGUUUCUUUCUUUAGUGGAUCUUUCGUUUGCCAUGAAUUUUGCAACAUGUAUUGAACAUAGGUCAGAGACUAGUCUAAUGCUGUCUGGUUGACAAGGGUUUUGUGCCUCAGGGAACCUGCUUAAAGCUAACUUUAAUGAAUAAUAUCUUUGAUAAGUUGGAGUAGGAUAUUUGCAGAGUUUUGUAUAUUACAUGGAAUGGAAACACCAGACUCUUCUAACGGUAUUGAAUAGUAUAUUGUUUAUUUGUUCA